CUGUGGGUGGGAAUCAUGACCUGCUCCGGGGAAGUCCUUGGAAAGACACCGGUUGACUUCAAGAUUCCGUUCAAGAUUGGGCAGCCCAAGAAACAGAUUGUACCCAAGACAGUAGAGCGAGACUUUGAAAGGGAGUAUGGGAAACUUCAACAGCUGGAAGAUCAGACCAAGAAACUGCAGAAGGACAUGAAGAAAAGCACAGACGCAGAUGUGGCCAUGUCAAAAUCCGCCGUCAGGAUCUCUUCCAACCUGUUGUCCAACCCUCUCUGUGAGCAGGACCCCAAUUUCCUGGCGAUGGUGACAGCCCUGGACACCGCCAUGAAGAGAAUGGACUCGUUCAACCAAGAGAAGGUGAACCAGAUCCAAAAGACAGUGAUAGAGCCCUUGAAAAAGUUUAGCAGCGUGUUCCCCAGCCUGAACAUGGCAGUGAAGAGGCGUGAGCAGACACUGCAAGACUACAAACGGCUGCAGAGCAAGGUAGAAAAAUACGAAGAGAAGGAGAAGACCGGCCCCAUCCUGGCCAAGCUACACCAGGCCCGGGAGGAGCUGAGGCCGGUGAAGGAGGACUUCGAAGCCAAAAACAAGCAGCUUCUGGAGGAGAUGCCCAAGUUCUACAGCAGCCGCAUCGACUACUUCGAGCCCAGCUUUGAAUCGUUGAUCCGAGCUCAGGUCGUCUACUACACCGAGAUGCACAAGAUCUUUGGAGACCUGACGGGGCAGAUCGAUGAGCCAGGCCUCACGGAUGAGCAGCGGGAGAAGGAGAACGAAGCCAAGCUGAGCGAGCUGCGAGCCCUGUCCAUUGUGGCUGACGACUGACCGCUGCUGCUUUCUAAUGACAUGGGGCACAGGGUAGAAAAAAGCCUGUCUCCUGCAGAGCCCAGGACACUCCCUUUUGCCUGCUGGAGACAAGGUACAACUGCUGGGCGGGGAGGGGGGGCAGGAGUCACCUCCGGCCCCCCAGCCGGUGCUGCUGUCACUCAGGGCUAGCAGAGGCACAAGCCUGGGGGAUGCCAUAGGAUUUUGCUGUUGCUCUAAGGACAAACAGCGUUGGCCACUGGACAUUCUCUCAGUGCCACCGUACGGCUGAAAGCGACACUGACCCUUCCCCUUAAUAAAGAUGAUGUUGCUCAUGCC